UUUGAAAAAUUUUACAAGACAAAGUUAACGGCAAAUCAAUUAACUUUUGCAACUUUCAGAAAACAAUAUUAAAGGCAAAUGUGCUUAAAGAAAAUCACGUUUCAGUUGAUUGUGUAAAAAUAAGCACAUCUGUUGCUCCGACUGCAAAACAAAACUAGUAUCAAAGUGAUUUUAUUGAACGGUAAACUAGGACAAACAAGCUCUUGGCCCUAAUUGGUUUGUUAUGACUCGAUCCUUCUAUUAAGAACAUUGCUUUGUUUUAGUUUAAUUUGUUUUAUUCAAGAAAAAACACUUUAACUCCAAAAACUGACAGUAACUUUGCCUUUGACAUGCAACUGCCAAAGGAAAAAUCUUUUAUAAAUGGCAUCAGUCUACAAUGCGACAGUUGCUGGGAAAUAUUAUUGAGCUCUCAUCCCCAUUCUUAAAGAAACCCUGGUUUGUUGGGAUUCGAAAAAAAUGCUUUUUAUAUUACUAGCGUAUGUGGCUCAUACUUGUACAUUAUGCUUCAUAGGCUCAAAGUGUCAUAUUUGUAACAAAAUGAAGGAUCUGAACCAGAUCUUGUGCUACAAGAAGUUUGGAGCACACUGAUUCAUCCUCCAGGCUCAAUCAAUUUCCUUGGUUCCUGGAAAUACUACUGAUGUCAGGAGAAGGUAUGUACCUCAGAAUACACGACUAUACCCCUGUAAUGCCGCAUUUGAAUUGUUUAUCUGUUUGUCAUGAUAUUGGCUUUUGAUGUGAUGAUGUGGAAUUGGACACUAGGAAGUAAAGAUUUGGUAUUCUCCAAGCACUGCAGCCUUUUGGCUAACUGUACUUUUCAUAGUUCAGGCCAAUUGACUUUAUAUAAAAAAACCUGAUUUCAGAUUAAAAUCACAAAAAUGUUAAUAUCUCAGGAAAGUCAAGAUAGAAAUUAAACUACGUUUUAUUUAGUGUAUCCACCAUGGCAGUAUUGAUAUUUACCCCUAUAAUACCAUGAAUAUAUACUAGCUUUUACCCGUGAUUUCAUCCAUGCAGGACUCUCUUUUAAUGUAUCUUUCUAAUGCGAUGCAGAGUGGUGGUAAGGCUUUCUAAUAGAAAUGUCUUGUUUCUCUGCUCUACACUUCUUCAGUUCACUUCGGUCUGUACAUGAAGAAAAAUUGUCCAUAUGAUCCCCUUAGGGAUGGAAUUUCAAAAAAUCAUUUCUUAGUGGCUAUCUAUGCAUUACAGGAAUGGACUGUCGAAAUAUCAGCCCUUGAGAUCCAGCGGUUUGGUCUCUGCAUUGUCUGUCAGUCAGUCACGGAAUUGUUUUAUAUAUAUAGAUAUUUCUAAUGGAUGAGGUUUAAUAGUGAUUGGCAGCUGGAUGGGAUUGUUCCCCCCCUGUUCUGCAUAGAUUUGUAAAUUUUGGUAGUUUGUUUUUGUCGAUUUUUAAUCCACCAGAUUAGGUCUUAUUAUUUAAGGUCUCGCUAUCAGAAAAAAAGUAACUUUUAUGUAGUUGUUAGUUUUGUCUUCAUUUACGGACCUCGAAGCCUUGUGCCCAAGGCCCUGGAGAAUAUGGACUCUUCCGUAAAUCUUGUAAAUAGUUCUACACUCCCAAAAAAGGAUUUGUAUCAAAAAGGACAGAAGCCUAUUACGAGUUUUGAUUCGUUAAGUGCCUACUUUUGAUGGUGGACCGAUGUCAUCGAGCCUCUGUCUACAGGAUAUCUAAGGUUUAGAAAAAACACCGAGAAUAAAUUAGCCGUUUUCGUUUCUAUUUAUUUACAUAUCCUAAUUAAAUUUAUGCGCAAAAGUGUUUCGCAAAUGUAUAAAGCAAUGAUGUAAAUCGGUUACAGUCACGUCGUCAUUUUCAAUGUUUGGAUAUCUGCAUCAGUAAAAUCUUCGAAUAAAUAACAAUUGCUUAAUGUUUUCCAUUGUUAUUGUGUACAUUUUAUUUGUUUAAAUCAUGGAAUAGUUAGUUAUUUUCUAAAGUAAAGUAAGUUAACAUGCCAAGUGUUCCCAUUCAGUUCGAAUCUCGUAUAGAAAAUAAUGAAAAAUUAUCAAGGAAAAAUAGACAUUUUUAAUUAAUUGGCAGGUGAAUUUGGAAAAUCAAGUAUGUCGAAUCGGGGAAAGAGACAAUUCAUUUUUUUCCCAGAAGAAAUUUGUUAUUGUUUACAGUACGCGGGGUUGAUCACGUCGCGAUUGCACGUUCCUCCUCAGAGAAGACGAGGCGUUCCCAAAACAAAGAAAACCGAUCGAAGAUUGACAUCGCAGUUUUACGCAACUUGCACAAAAAUGUCUCACAAUGCAUGUUCUAUUUUCAUAUUUUCUUUGUUUAUCGAGGCAAAAAGAGCAUUGGCAUCAAAAAGCCUGACUAAGGUGAGAUGAUAGGGUGAGUCACCCUAUUUAGCGAAUACUCCCUCCCAAUGAGAUUUAUGUCAAUGUGUGUCUUGAUUUACAUCAAAUCGGAUCUAUCUUUAUUUGGGGAAAAGGAAAACCGGCUCUGAAUCUACUUGAAUGUCAUUUGAAAAAGCUGCUUUGGUGAGACAAUGGAGGGAACAAAAGUCUUCAAAAGCUUCGACGCAAAUUGCCAAGCACCGAACGAAAGGAAUUGGUACAAUGCAAAAGUUGGCCCUGUUCAAACCAAAAUAAAAAUAAAUUCAGAGGAAAUUCCAUCGAAGAUUGGAGUUACUGUCUUCUCCGUUCCUGACCAGCCGACUAUCUUCAAACCCAAAGGCAUUUUGGCAGCUGGUAUUGUCAUACUCUUUGUACUGUUUCUUGUCUGCUCUGAACUCAGGGAGACUAAACUCCAGCUGCAAGAAGUUCAAGCUUUAGUAGCAAGGAUGGAAGAAAAGGCUUCAUCACUGGACCGUCAAAGGACAUACGACGAAACCAAAGAAGGUACCAUAUUAGAGGCAGAUGCUUCGAACAUACGCUUCAAACGGGAGGCUUCCAAUGAAAACAAAACCAGAGCUUAUCCGCUCGUGGCUAAUUUCAUCGGUGCAUACCCAGAAUCUGUGAUAAAGGAAGGAGUUGCUGAAUUUGAUCAGAAUAUUGGUUGUUCAGGAGUGAUCUCCCCAUGGUUCAAAGACCCUUUUAACUCUGGUGAAUUCAGCUUGGGCGAUGUAGCCUUGAAGGACGGAAAGGGUUCUGCAGUAGUCCCCGAGACCGGGCUCUACUUUGUUUAUGCACAGGUGUACUAUUCAAAUGCAGCGAAGCCGAACUCAUUUUCGAUAAAGCUACUCGACUUUGCGAACCAAGAAAGGGUAAUCGCGACUUGCGUUAACCCGCCAGCUAGCGUCGGGGAAUCCACAUGCUACACGGCGACCGUGCAGUAUAUAAGAAAAGGGACCAAGGUGCAACUCUGGCAAAGGGAGACAGACAGAUACGUCCUAUUCCGCCGAGGGCAGACUUUUUUCGGCAUAGUCCUUUUACGACCGACAGAGACUGAACCAUAGUCUUUCAUGUUAACCAACACAAUCAUUUUACCUCAUUACGUGCCACCAGUUUUUGUAUUUUAUUGGGCUUAUUUUGAUUAUUGAUAUUAUGUACAUUUUUUUUUUUUAUUAUUAAAAACUUAUA